CUAAUUGCUGCUCACGCAUGGCAAAUGCUUCACUCAUUAACAGUUCUGCUUAAUUAAAGACCUACAUAAACAAAUCAAUAGUAUGGAAACCCGGAACAUUAAUGCGUUCAAACAUGUGCUACAGACCGUAAUUCUAAGAUGCUUCACAUCGAAAUGCGACGGCCACAGCAGCACAACAGCAACUCUAUCAACGGGCUAUUCACUGUGAUCAUCGUGGUUAUAGUGGUCCUGACGACGGGCACAACUGGAUUUUUACUGUAUCCAGCAUCAACGAUAUUGCAGCUUACAUCUUCAAUGUCAGUGCCAAUCGAUAUACCCGAUGCUCGAAAGGUCUUCAUGGAUUUGGGGUUUCAGAUGAACUAUAACAUGCCAUAUGAUGUCGCCUCAUUCUAUAAUCCCACCAUUUGGUCUAAUGCUCUGGAGCGUCGCAGGCGGCAUACAGAUGGUUUCACUGGCACAGUCAAGGAGCUGAUGGAGGCAGAAAAUGGCAUACAUCCUAAUGAUUUUACUGCUGGUGAGUUGUACACGGGCUUGGAGCGCAGAUUAGAGGAGAAUGGCUUUCAUAAAUCCUGCUUAUUACGCAGUGUAUGUGAAAUAGCUCUGCAUCCUUUAGCUGAUGAUCAUAGCUACAGCUUCACCUUGAUCGUAAAAAUCAUCACCUUUUUGCUAACACCCUCGCAGCAUGAAGGCUUUGGGCCGAACGAAAAGUUGUAUCAACAUCGUUAUGAACGCGCUGAGAAAAUAGGUUUCAUGGGUGGUGAUUGUCAAAAAGCCUAUCCUAAGUGUGAACUGGAUGUGUUAACUAUAUUCAGUAAAAUAGUGAGAUGAAAUAAAUGUGUCGU